AUGACUCACCCUGCCGACAGAGUCUUUCACACCUUGGAGCUGGCGCAGCACAUCGUGCAUCACCUGCAAGAAAAGGACCUUUUUAUUGCCUUGGGCAUCACCAAAGCCUUGUGGAAAAGUAGGGAACCUGUCUCUGCAUGGCGAGAGUACAUCAGGAGGUUCGGUUACGCGGACAGCUUGAUCGAUCAGUACACCGACAGAUACCACCCACGGGAUAUCUAUCUUCGUAUCUGCCGCUCGGCUGAUGCCAUAAACCGCGGGACAAACCCUAAAUGCAAGCGGAUAGAUUUACGCGACGAUGAUCCAGACGAUAGUUUGGUGUGUAUGGGCAAGCAGGAUGUUCAUUACCUGUCUCGUCAACUUGUGGAGGAUGAAAUCGACAUUUACACCCUGGACCAUCGGGGUUUGAAACUUCUGCACAAGGGAAAAAAUAUGCGCCUUAUGAGUUGCUUUGACAACUCUUCCCGCCUUUUGGGCAACGAGGACGACCAAAUAGUGGCCCGCAACAUUAAAGAUUGGUCAUUGUCUGGCUCAUUUGGACCCUAUAGGCCGCUGCAGCAGUGGUGGACACAAGAUCGACAUGUCUUGACCUUUCACGUAAUUGAACAAGGUGAAACAUCCAAGACAAUAUUCGAGGUCUGGGAUGCUCAUGGCGUGAAGCGUGGAGAGUUAGUACAUCCAGACGGAUGCACGUUUCACGACCUGGAGAAGCCAGGGGAGAAUCUCAUGGCGACGGGGAGCGAAAGACAUAUCAGGGUCUGGGAUCUCGACACCUUGAAGUGCGUCUACGAGUACGACGCCCCUGAAGACAGCCCGGGUGCCAUUUUGGACCUACACCAGAACAUUGUCUUCUACAAACCCCACAUAGGCAUAUGGUUCACAGACUUCUGGACGACAGACGGAAGCCCCGUCACGAGACCCAGGGCGGAAUUAGUGACGCGUGCUAAUUCAUCAUGGUGCAAGUUCUCAGAUGGCACCAUGGUCACAUAUCCCUGGGAAAUGACCCUCUGCGACCCAGAAGGCGGAGAACUAUACGCCGUCUAUUACAGCUCCAACCUGGAAGAACCUUAUGAGCUCGACGCGGGUAUCCUGCUCGACCGGUUCUUCUUUACUGUUAUCAAAAUAAUUGACUACGAAGAAGCAGACACGGUACCCAAGCCCGCGGAACUAAAGAUUUACGCCAAAGAUGGUGAGGAGCUUGGCUCAAAGAUCCUGCGGAAGGGAGGGAGGACCCAUCGGUGGUUUGUUGAUAUUUUUGGGAGGCUGGUUUUUGUCUAUCAGGACUCUAAUGAGAGGUUGGAAGAGUUGGAGGUUGUGGACUUUUGUAGAUGGGCAAAGGUUGCUACAAGGAGGCAUGUUUAG